CACAGUAAAUAUGCGUAUAAAACAACUGCUGGAGGAAUACCGAACUGCGGAGAUCACGAUCUGACAUUGUCCAACAACAUGUGCAUUUACUUGUAUGCUGUUUCUGAAGCCUGACCCCACCAACUCCCACUUGGCAUCUGUCACAGAAGAAGCUUCACAAGGACUUCACAAGCUUCACUUUCUUUCACACAAACUCAUUAACUGAAAAGACAGCAAAUAAGACUACAUACUAAAAUACAGACAGUUAUGUCAGAUACUGGGCCAUGUAGUGAAGCAGGAGGUCUGGGAGGAGCAGGUCAGGAGACAGAAGCUGAUGUAGAGCCUCAUCAGUGUGCACCUUCUUCAUCCUGCAUCGGAGACCAAGACGAGGCACAACCCGCUGUCAAACUGCCACGUUUAAGUGAAGGAGUGGAGCAGGACAUUAAUUAUGUGGAGACCAGCACAGAGACAGUGUCAGAAGUUAAUAAUGAUCAGAACCUUGUUGGGAUUGCAGACAAAGUGCUUAGUCAACCAGGGGACGUUGAAGAGAGAACUACAGAACCUGCCCAAAAAGAGGACGAAUGCCAUAAGAGUGGAAGAGGGAAUGAAGAAGUAUUUAGAGAGACUGAGGGAGGAGAGGAUGAAGGACAUAAUAACAUGGAAAACACCAGUCCAGAGCACCGUGAAUACCAGCAGCAGUACCUGGGCCUGGAUUUCAGUCAGAACCCUCGAAUGUUGACGGGUUCAUGGGCAGAAUACACCCACUCUCCUGAAAACUACCUCAAAGGCUGCAAAUGGGCUCCAGAUGGUUCGUGUAUCCUGACGAACAGUGCGGAUAAUGUGCUGCGUGUGUAUAAUCUCCCGUCUGAGCUCUACACCAACAGCUGGGAUCUGCUCUCAGAGAUGAGUCCAGUGCUGAGGAUGACUGAGGGAGACACUAUUUACGACUACUGCUGGUUUCCUAAAAUGAGCUCUUUGGAUGCAGACACCUGUUUUAUUGCCAGCAGUAGCCGUGACAACCCAGUCCACAUAUGGGAUGCCUUCUAUGGCGACGUCCGCGCAACCUUUCGACCCUACAACCAUCUGGAUGAGCUGACGGCCGCCCACUCUCUGUGUUUUUCCCCCGACGGCUCACAGCUGUACUGCGGGUUUGAUAAGACGGUCAGGGUGUUUUAUACAGAGCGGCCAGGAAGAGACUGUGAACAGAGGCCCACCGUCGUGAAGAAGCAGGGUCAGAGUGGUAUAAUCUCAUGUAUAGCCUUCAGUCCGGCUCAGGCUGUGUAUGCAUGUGGGUCAUACUCGCGCACUGUGGGACUGUACUCCUGUGACGAUGGAUCAAUGUUGGCACUACUGCCCCAACGCCACCACGGAGGAGUCACCCACCUGCUGUUUUCACCUGAUGGAAACUAUCUGUACACAGGAGCACGCAAGGAUCCAGAGAUCCUUUGCUGGGAUCUGAGAGAGCCAUGUCGAGUUCUUUUCUCAAUGCCCAGAACUGUAAGCACUAACCAGCGCAUCUACUUUGACCUUGAUCCGACAGGUCGGUACCUGGUGAGUGGUGACACAGGGGGAAUGAUGUCAGUAUGGGACACGCUCACAGCACAUCCUGAUGGGAAUGAAGAGGUCCUCGGGCCCCUACUGCAGUUUCAAUCUCAUACAGACUGCACCAAUGGCAUCAGUGUCCAUCCCUUCAUGCCAUUAGUGGCGUCCUGCAGUGGGCAGCGCCAGUUCCCUUGGCCUCAAGACAGCGAUGACUCAGACUCAGAUGAGGACAGGGUAAUGUCAUCAAGCCAUGUAAGAGAGGACAACGCUCUCGUUUUGUGGUGGUCUGGGCCACUGGGUUCAACCCAUGAAGAAGGGCAGCAGGUGGAGACAACAGGGCUGGCGAACUAGCUAAAAUGUCUUUAAUAUAAUUAUUAAAUCUCUCUUCUAAACAGGACCAAGAUCUUUAAACUGCCUGUUUUACGGUGAUGACUGUUAGAAGGAAGAGUACAGAGACGCAUAAUAGCUCCUUUAGAAAUAAAAAAAAGUCAGUCAACUGAAGUCUAACUUGUGUUGGUUAUAGAAACCUUCAGCUCAUUCUCUGAAGUUCUUAGACUUUUAUAGCAGCAGAAGGAAAUGUGUGAGAUAAAAGACGUCAGAGAUCCAACCAAGGUCCAACCAGCCAUUUCACUGUCUGUAUUCUCUUGGUUGAUUUCAUUCAAGGAGGAUUUUCAAAACCAGGAUUCAGAUUACUGUCAGUUCUUUUGUUGUGUAGGUUCAAUAUUCCUCAGUAUUAUUAAUGGCAGAUUUUAUAUCGUCACACAGCAUUUUAACUCUUGACGCGCUAAUAAUCAUCUUUUGGCUGCUCCUGUUCGGGGUUGCCACAGAGAAUAAUUCGUCUUCAUCUUGCUCUGUCCUGAACAUGCAUCAGUGUCAAACCAACCACCUCGAAUCAUACAGUUGCAAAAUAGGUUUGGGGAUUGCAUUUUAAUUGAAUUUCUGCAUUAAUUGCUCAAAAAAUGUGGUUGAAUUUUCAUCUAGGUCACAAUAAUAUGCAAACACAUUCUGACUGAGCUAAUCACUUAAACAAAUGUGCCUGUUAUCUUUGUUUAAUAGGCUUACUAUUAUUAUUCAGUUGAACUCCAGGAUAAAGCGUAUAUAGGUUCAACUGUUUGCUUACUUAGAUCUUAAUUUAUUAGCGUUAACAUUCUUGGUCAUUACAUCUACUGUAAGAUUAAGGUUCAGGUAAUGGACCCUGAUGACUUUCUGUAACAUUUCCUAAUUUAGUCUUGAAUGUUUUAUUUCUGCUGUAACUGCAAGCUGUCCUGGUCCUGAGGCAGCACAGCAGUCCCAGACUAUAAUGCUAUUUACAAAUGCUUUAAAGAGUCUUGGGUGCUGUCAUUGUGAAUUUCUGUCUUAUCUGUUCAUGCAAUAUUUUUCCAGAAGUGUUGUAAAAAUUUUAUUUCACAUAAAUACAGUAUGUGCAGCAAUAUUUUAAUACUGAAUACUACUAUUAUUACUACUACUAGUAUUAUCAAAUUUACUGUGGUAUCCCCUGAUGGACAGCAGUUUGUUUAGUGUUGUUACAGUGGACUCACAAACAAGACUUUAGAAAGAUUUACAUCAAUGGUUUACAUCACCGCCAUGCGUCGCAGGCUGCGAAAAGGCCACAGGCUUCAGUAAAUUUUUUGCCCUUUUAAGCAUUCUAAUACCCAUACAGUUUAUUUAGACUUUGGAGAAUGUUGAGGUGUCCUGCUCUAAACAAAGGCACACAAUCACGUCAAUUAAAGUGCAGAGGUUCAAAAAUUGUAUAAAUUGUUAUAAUUUCAUGUGUUAAGGCAUGGACUGACUUGCAAAAGACUGACAUGCAAAAGCAGUUCUUUUAUUUUUUUAAGAUUAAUAAUACAUUGUCUUGAAUAUAAAGGUUUUUUCUUUAGUGGUUUUGUGGUGAUAAGAAAGCGCUGAUAUAAAUCUCAGGUCUGGAAAAGAACAAUGACCGAAUCAGCACAGUUUAUUUUCUCACUAUUGUUUUUCUUACUGCUCUAUCCAUUUGCUUCUGCUGCUCCUGUGAGACGCAGCUACAUUUAUUACACGUGUCGUAAGACUGCAGUGUGAAUCUGUAAAUCGUGUAUUUUUAUGGCAACGAUAAAUGUACUGUUCCUCAGUUUCUUACAAACCCAGUGAUACAUCUUAACAUGUAUAUAGAGGUGUGUGGCUAAAUGAGUACAGUCACUUUGUGAUUUAAUUUCUGUAUUUUUGUACAUUACUCUUGAGGUAAGGAGUGAACCUGUAAGUAUAAAACAGUGCUAAACAUGCUGUUUACAAGGUGUGCAUUGUGUCUUUAUAUAAAAAGUGCUUUAUUAAAGCUUUUUGUACAGCUCUGA